CACUGCGUAAAAGUCUUCGGACCGUCCGUUGCCACGAGCUGUCGACUUCAAAUGGAUUAUGAAACUAAGGUUUUCCCUCACACCGGCGGCUAUGGGCGCUAUAACCGAAUCGUGGUCGUGUUCAGCUGGUUCCCCAGUUUCGCCGUCACGCUGAAUCUGUUCAGCGACGUGUUUUACACACUCAUCCCGGACUGGUACCACUGCAAGCCAGACCCGACGCUGCUGCCCUCCGCGUUCCUUCUAAGCAACUUCUCCACACAAGGAUACCUCAACCUCACCAUCCCCUGGGUGAACGGCUCCGGUCGGAGCCACUGUGAACUUUAUAAGUACCCCCCCAACUCCUCGGACCUCUCCGAGAACGUGCCCAGAGAGAGGGUGCCCUGCACCACAGGGUGGGAGUACUCUCAUGUAGCGGGCCUCCAGAGCAACUUUGUCACUGAGUGGAACCUGGUCUGCAGUGACUACUGGAAAAUCCCCGUGCAGCAUAUCUGUUUCAUGACUGGAUGGAUUCUGGGAUACAUAUUUCUAGGCACCCUGUGUGACUGGUUGGGUCGUCGGCGAGGUUUCCUCCUGUCCGUCAGUCUGUCCAGUCUGUUGGGUGUAGUUCUGUUUUUGUCCAGGAGUGUGGUGGUGUUUCUGCUGCUGCGUCUGUCUCAAGGCGCCUCGCUCGCUGGGCUGUUUGUGUCCUCCUACAUCGCCCGGUUGGAGCUGUGCGACCCUCCCCAUCGUCUGAUGGUUGCUAUGGUCAGUGGUUUCUUCGGCGUGCUGGCAGAACUGCUGUUGCCAGGCAUUGCGGUUCUGUCCCGCGAUUGGCCCGUCCUCCAGGCGGUGGCCACUUUGCCUUUAGUCCUUCUGCUGUCCUAUUGGUGCUGUGCAUCGGUAUUUCCAGAGUCUCCUCGCUGGCUGCUGGCCACAGUUCAGAUUCCUCAAGCGAAGAGGAGCCUUCAGCAGUUCUCUAAAAGAAAUUGUGUUUUUCUACAAGACGACCUCUACCCUGGCGAGACCCUGCUGUCAGGUACACACACACACCUCUAGGAUUUCUCUGCAGGCGUGUACAGUUUUCUCCUGGUUGUUGGAGCACAGGCGCUAAACCUUAAACGAUUUGAGGUACCCGCUUUCAACCUGAUUAUUUUAUUUUUUCCUUUGCCAUCCAGAUUCAUUGGAACAGGCAUCCAGUACUGCUUCACCAAAAACCUGCACACUUUCUCCAACAAGUUCUACUUCAGCUACUUCCUCCGGGUGGUAACUGGAGCGCUCGCUUGCAUCUUCCUGUGUUUGUCCAUCAAUCACUUUGGCCGACGUGGCAUGCUUCUCCUCUCUGCCAUCAUCACUGGACUGUCUUCACUCCUGCUGCUGGCCCUUACACCAUACCUGCAGGGUGGCCUGGUGCUGGUGCUCUCUGUUGUGGGUUUGUUGUUCUCUCAGGCUCUCGCCAUGCUCAGUGCAUUCUUCGCCUGUGAGGUGAUGCCAACUGUAGUUCGAGGUGGCUGCCUUGGCCUGGUGCUGGCAUUGGGUUGCGUUGGCAGGGCCGCCUCCUCCCUGAUGGAGCUCCAGAACAAUGGUGGCUAUUUCCUCCAUCAUGUUGUCUUUGCCUCCUUCGCUGUCCUCUCCGUCCUCUGCAUAAUGCUCCUACCUGAAAGCAAACGGAAACCGCUCCCAGAUUCCAUGAAGGACGGCGAGAACCAGAGGCGACCACCCCUCUUCCUGUCGCAGCCCACCAGAGACAGCCUCCCUCUACUGCACACGCGUACCCCUUUGUCGGAGUACAACCCGGAUAACUACUCCCUCCUGGUGUCUGCCACCAGGAAGAUGUUGACUAAAGAUUCUUUGCCUUACAGGAUUGCUGUUCCUGCUCAUCCCCCUCUGCUGUCAAACAAUGAAACACAGGAACCAGAAACCCUGAGAGAUGUGUCUUAAAUUUAACCCUUCUCCUCCUCUUUACACUCUAGCUUGAGGGGAUGAGCCGAAAUGUUACCUCUGACAGGCUAUGAUAAGUCUUCAGUGGAAGGGUCAGUGACUAGCUCUUCAUAACUCAUCUGGAGAGCUGGAUGCACUUUAGAGCAAUGGCUCCAACUCAGUCAGUUUUCAUCAAUAUUUCCAUCGGGUCUCUUUACAUUUUGUUACUAUGCAGUGGCGUCUUCACGCAUGGAUGCGGUCCACCGCUGUGGGACGAUGGCCUCCUUUUGCUGUAUUUUGUCAGCCUUUUCUGAGAUGUAGGAAUGUGUUGGUACAUUGCCAGUGCAGCUGCGGUCACACUGCUCAUGUCUGUGGUAGGCAUUCAAAGCAAACUGACACACUCCAGUGUUACCAGAGGAGCUCUCUGUCAUGUAAAACUCUUUGAUUGCAUUUCUCAGUAACACAGGAGUUCUUCAUUAAGUCUGUCUGCCUGACUCACCAGCAGAUAGCAGCGCUGAGUGGGCUACAGAUCACCAGAGCACGCAAUACUAUACUUGUGAAGCACAGCAGGGGGUGCUGAUGAUGCACUAAAAAAAUAUAAAUUAUAGUUUUGUUUUGUUUUUGUUUUUUUGUUGUUUUUUUUUUUUUAAGGCUUUUUGUUUCCUGUGCAACUAACAAGCUUCAUUUGUCCUUUUUCUGAUGUUAGGAUGUGAUCAGUGUGGAUAAACACAACCAUUUCUUUACCAUUACGUUUUUCUGUCUUCAUGCUCCCUCUAUAAACCACAUCUAUUACCAACUAUUGCAUUUAAAAACUGUCUUGUUGUUUUCUACUUAAACUGGAAGUGGCUAAAUUUCAAGAUGCACUAACCACAGCAGCUGCUGAGCAAAAAGUGUGUCUGUGUCUGGAAUGCUUCAGCUAAAACGCAACAACGUUGUGGAACCAGUAGACAUAUAUCUUUACAUUUUUCUUUUCUUUUUAAAAAACUUUUGUUUAAUGUUCUUUUAUGUUUACUAGUGCGGAUGUUUUACGUGUUUAAAGCCUUUAGUUUUAACUGUGAAAUGAGAUCAUGUCUUCAGCCGUCAGUGUCGUUGUGUGAUAGUUUACUGUUUGAAUACAUAACUUUACCUUCAGUGAGGAAACAAAGGUGCUUGUGUUGGAACUACAGUUGGUGAUGUAUGCUUUUAAAACCUAAUGUUUUAUUGUUUCAUUGUAAAGUAAAAUGUACAAAAGCUGAGUGUUAACUUUUUAAGGAAAAUAAUCUAAAUCUUUCUUUUCCCCACUUCUCUGUAAACCAAACUCAAAUCGACAUUUGUUUUAAAAAUGUUCAGUGAUGGUGUUUCUCUCUCUGAACACUAGAUGGCCCUGUUCACUUUACAAAACAAAGAAAUGUACUGCUUGGAGUGAAAAUGUUCAGGUGUGCGUACUCAGAUUAUAGUUGUGUGACUUCAUUAUUCAACUAAACCCCCCCACCCCCCGUUUACAGUCCUGCCCAUAAAAAGGCACCUUUACUACUUUUUGUUUUUGUUUUAAAUGAGAUAAAAUGGAUGAAUUGAAACUCUGACU